AUGAGCGCUUUGUCGAUUCGCCAGGUCGCUCAACAAAAAAUUACAAAUAAACUAGUUAAAAGUGGGUUAAUGCAUGAAAUGCAGGCGAGCUAUAUUGAAAAAGUUUGCUUAGCAGCACAAGAAUCCGAACAUCCUGCUUUUCAAGCUAAUAUUAGAUUACCAAGCAACUCAGCUCAAGAAAUUGCAAAAGAGAUUGUUUUACAAUUCUUACUUGAACACAAGAUGGACCUUACAGAAAAAUGCAUAAAUAGCGAAUCAAAACAACAAUUUUCUUCAAAACAAGAUAAAAAUACGUGUGCAAGACAGUUAAAUAUCAGAAAUCCUACAAAUGUUGUUCAUGAUCUCGUUGAUAAAUGGAAGAAAUCAGGAAAAGCACUCAGUUUAAGGCCCUCUCCGGAAGAAAACAGUGCUAUUCACACAAUGAUAUCGGAUACGCUUUCAAAUGCCGAGCAACAAGCAGCUGUUGUCUCAAGAAAUGCAAAAGUUCCCGAAGAAGACUUUACUAUUGGCACAGGAAAGCCAACAACAGCUACAGGAAAUACAGAUGAUCAUGUUAGUCCAUGGGUUAUUCCUCCAAAGAAGCCACUUCGUUCGAAACCAAAAGAAAUGCAAUAUUCACGUCCAACAGCUCUCGCAAUGCAAGAACAAACGCUCACGAAGUACAACACAAAUACAGCAGAUAAAUCUGCAUCAACAACAGAAGAUAACUUUACUCCAACACCACCAGAACCAAUUAUCAAGAGAAAAGUCAAGAAAUCACGAGGAAAGAGAAGCAAGAAAGCUCAAGUUCAGCUUCCUGAUGAAGGAGUUCAAGUUACUCUUACAAAUGAUGAAACUCCAGAACCAGAAAAAAUAUCAGUCAAAAAUCACUCGUCUACAGAAACAUACAACACAGAACAGACUCAACCUAUCACGAAUUACACAUACACAUACGAUGAAAUUACAAUUCCUCGUCAAACAAACACAGGAGAUUCACAAAAUAAUACAAUUCCAACAACAGACACAUUUGAUCAUCAGCUCGUAAAAGAAAAGCCACCGAGAUCAUCUACUGCUUCUAGAACAUCUACAAGAUCAGGUAAAAAGUCAAUUGCCUCUCAGAAAUCAACACAAUCACGAAAUUCAUACGCAUCCAAGCCAUCAACGCAUUCACGACAUUCUACAGUAAGCAUCGAAGGUGCUUCCACGCAAGAACGUGAUGCAGAACCUGUUUCUCGUCAGUUAAAUGCAUCAAAAAGAUCAAAGAAGUCGACAAACACAACUGGCGAGUAUUCAACGACAUCAUCAACAAGGAAGAAAGUCCCUCCACCAUCUCUUCCGCAGCCAGGAACUCAAACUGGCUCUUCUUCCCAAAAUCAGAAUUAUUCCAACAACCAAAACCAGUCGUAUUCCCAAAACUACUCCCAGGAUACAUUCAACAGACGAGCUAAAAUCUCCCCGCUCGGCGAAUUCUUAGGAGAACAAAACCAAGAGCCAAAUAAAAUCCUCUUACAAACCGAUAACUCAACGCCUGGCGUUUCAAUUAACGUGCUUUCUGCUGGAAAAAGUGACACGGCCAGUGCAUCUAAGAAAUCGACAUCGACUAAUCCACAGAGUCCAAAAUCAUAUUCUGAACAGAGUUACACUGAUUAUGGCCUUAAUUCUGAUGAAUUAGGAGAUGUCCAAAUGACAUCUGAUAAAUUUAAGUCGGAUGCGGUCAGUGAUGAGAAGAUGGCUAGCGAUGAAAAGCUUUGGUCAAGGAGUCGUCAGUAA